AGCGCCGGUUGUGACGUGUGAAGCGGCGCUGCCGCCAUGAGAGGAUUCGUUGGAGUUCUACGGGCGGCUGCAGCUGGGCCCGAGGCUGUGUCUGCCAGGUUUCGGGAGCGUUUCGAUUUCGGCGGCCGUGAGGUGGCCUCCUGGUUCCCGGGACACAUGGCGAAAGGCCUGCGGCAGAUGCGGGCUUCCCUGCGGCGCGCAGACUGUCUCAUCGAGGUGCAUGACGCUCGUAUCCCGCUGUCGGGCCGUAACCCUAUGCUUCAGGAGGCGCUGGGCAUCCGCCCACACGUCCUGGUGCUGAAUAAGAUGGACCUGGCCGAUCCCCGCCGGCAGCCGACAGUCUUGGAGCAUUUGAACCAGCAGGGAUGCUCACACGUGGUCUUCACUGACUGCCAGUGCAAUGGCAACAUCAAGAAGAUUGUUCCCCUGGUUGCCAAGCUGGUGGACAACAGCCCACGCUACCACAGGGCUGAGAGCACUGCUUACAGCAUCCUGGUGAUUGGUGUGCCCAAUGUGGGAAAGUCCUCACUCAUCAACUCACUGCGGAGGCUGCAUCUCAGAAAGGGGAAAGCCACUGCAGUUGGUGGCGAACCAGGCAUCACCAAGGCAGUGCUGACCAGAAUCCAGGUCUGCGAGAAGCCCCUGAUGUACUUGGUGGAUACGCCUGGUGUGCUGCCUCCGAAACUGGGGGAUGUAGAGACUGGCAUGAAGCUGGCACUGUGUGGAGCCAUCCAUGACCACCUUGUUGGGGAGGACAUCAUGGCUGACUACCUGCUGUACACCCUGAACAAGCAGCAGCAAUUUAGGUAUGUGCAGCGCUAUGGGCUGUCUGAGGCCUGCGACAACAUUGAGCACGUGCUGAGGCAUGUGGCCCUCACUCUGGGCAGGACACAGAAGGUGAAGGUACUGACAGGCACAGGAAAUGUCAAUGUGACAAUGCUCAACUACCCAUCUGCUGCCUAUGAGUUCCUGCGGGACUUUCGGGCAGGACGCCUGGGCAAGGUGACGCUGGACUGAGACAUGUUUCAUGGGGCAGAAGCCACUUGAGUUGGGGACAGAGGCCCCCCAGCUUCCCAAGGAUACCCCAGAGCUCCUCAGGGCUGAGGCCCCCUCAACAUGGAAUUCUGCUUAGAGUGGCUUUACAGGGGCAGCCCCCAGUUUUGCACCCCGGGCUGCCGUAAGCUGGGGUAGAGGAUCCCCAGAGCAGGGGAUGAGGCUGUACUGUGGUUGCUGUCCUGUGGCAUGACCAUGUAGGAUGAUGGAGCACAGCUGCUGCCUCCAGGCAGCAUGAGACCUCUGAGGAGGUCUUGCUGCACUGUUGGGACCUCCGUCCCAAAAUAAAAGCUUGUUGGGCAGGGUUCCAGGGCAGUGCCACUCUGGGCUUUCCGUCCUGAGCACCUGCCCCACAUGCAGUCACACCUGC